AAUGAUGACUUCUAGUUUGGGGCUGGCAGAAUGAGCCUCUCCAUGAGGCUGGUACGGAGUGGAUUGUUGUCCACUGUCAGGGUGCUACACGUGUAAAGGUAUGUGUAUUACUGUAUUACUUUAUAACCUAACAAAGACAAUUUCGGUGUUGUAUAGAAAUUGUUAUUCUCCCCCAACACAUGGUGCAAUGCAUAAAUAAUAAAGGUUGAGAUGUCAAUUUCAAAAUAUUCAUACAUACCAGUUUUUGGGCUUUAUGGACUAAACUAUUUGUUUGUUUUUUUGUUUUCUUUUUUAAUGCAUGCCUUUAAUGCAGGCCUUGAAAUUUUAUAACUCCUCUUAAUGCGGACCAUUAUUUUUGGUGGUCCUUUUUUAUGUCCUUUCUUUUUCUCAAUCUUCUAAUCCAGACAUUAAUUUUGAUGUCCCUUCUUCUCGUAUUUGUAAUGCCCCUUCUCAUUCUCCUUCUUCUCAUUCUCUAAAAGGUCCUCUUGACUCUAGCACCCACAAGCCCGUAUUAUCCAAGAGAGAGACGUCGAAAGCUUCGAUCUUUGGAACACCUACAGCCGAGGCUUCUCUAGAAGUUGCCAAUGAAGUUGAAGGAAGCAAGAAGAAAAAUGGCUCAGAGGGUUUGGGCAGUAAGAAGAAUAACAAGAGGAAGGUAAAGAACGAUGCUGAUGUGGCAACUGAAGCUCUCGAUGUUGCUGAGAAAUCAACAAGCAAGGAAAAGAAACAAAAACAGUAGAAGAAGAAAAAGAAGAUCAAAAUAGUGGAACAAAAUAGUUCGAAUCAUGAAGGAAAAGUGCCAAGCUACAGUGUUGAAUGACAGUAAUAAUAACACUAAUGCUAAUAGCAGUCAAGAUGGUUGUGAUAAUCCAACAAAGAUAUAUGUGGGAGGAUUUCCCUAUUACUCUACCGAGGAUGAUGAUAUUCGAAGUUAUUUUGAGAGAUGUGGCACCAUAACUGAAGUUGAUUGCAUGUAUUUUUCUGAGAGUGGCAAGUUUAGAGGGAUUGCUAUUAUUAGUUUUAAGGAAUCAACGUCUCAACUCCGAAAAGUUCGUGGUCUCUGCGAAGGUUGCAUCAGCGCUUUUUUCUUCUGUUCAAGACCAUCAUGUUUUGAACUGCAUGUUUGAGAAUGCUGCUGGUGGGGCGGGCAGUUCCAAUUUGCAUGUACCCAACCAAGAUCAUGAGGUCCUCGAUGGUAGUCCAGUCAUAGUUGCUGCAGAUACCGAUGAUGACAACCCUGCCGGGCAGGUAACGGCACCACCUGUUAUGGGGAGAAUGCUCUUCCAUUCACCAACGCUAACACGUUAUGGAUAAGAACCUCCUAAGAGGUCGAGAGUUGGUUCAAGCAAUAAGGCAUCUCGUAAAAAUUGUAAGCCAAUGUUUAAGGUGACGUUCAACAUGGACUUCAGCCACGAAGAAACUCUGUUGUUUAAUUACUUGUUUUUUGAGGGCCAUCCGAUGGAAGACACUAUGGUGAGAAUGCGUGAAUGUCGCGUCACUAGGCGUCACAUAGAAACUCUAAUUCCUGGACGUCUGAUCGAUGGAAGAGUUGUUGAAAUGGUGGCCAUGCGUAACACUUGCUCCAUCCAACACUUGAAUCAUCCAUACUUUUGGUGCCUUCCACCUCGUUUCGCUGAAGAUGUUAGUAAGGGGUUGUUGGUGGAUGAACUUAUUGAAACGUAUUUGCCAUUCUGGGUUAAGCCAAGUCGAUUUCUCAAUCGAAUUUUCAUCCCCGUCGAAGACAUCUUCUUCCAUUGGUAUUGCAUCGUGGUUGACUUUGCUGAUAAAACAGUAUACCACUUGGACUCGUAUCCAGAUCCAAACAUGAUUGCCGAUAGGGAAAGUCUAAUCCGCAACAUGGUUGAAAGGCUCCACGACUUGAUGACAUAUCCCGAUUAUGGUCCUCUUCGAGCAUUUACACCAACAGACCUUCGUGAGUGUCCAAUUAGGCGAGGUUAUAGUGCGGCAGCUUGGGUUAUUUCAUGGCUGGACCCAGAAGGAAUGUUUAAUGCGUUGGAAAUCAGCGGAGUGCUGGAUGAUUCAACUCUAAGAGGCAGGACCACUGUUUCCCUGGCUGGUGGCCCUUUUAAUGCCACUGGAAGCCUAGUUAAAAUGUGGGCUAAGCAGUGGCAGAGGCUUGGCAUCUCGAGGAAGUAACUGUCGUGGCAUCUAAGCAUUAUCUCCCUCUAAUGGCAUCAUUAGAAUUGUGUUUAGCUUAGUCUAUGUAGGGUUUAUUUUAAAGUUGUUUGUUUGUGUCUCAUGGUAGCUUAUACGCUCAUGAGAAUAAUAACGUAAAUUGGGUACGUACUGCAUAGUAUGGCCUAUCCUUCACAAGUGCUAUGUUCAUUGUGUUGUGUUG